AUUUGUGCAAACAGACAAACGGAACUCAACUCAGCAAGUCUCACCUUGACUUAACGAAGAGGACGGCUGGCUUUCUCUUUCUCUCUCAGGUCUCUCAUAGACUGCUGCCAUGAAAAUAGCAUCGUUUAACAUCCAGAGGUUUGGGAUCUCCAAAGUGUCAGACCCAGCUGUGCUUGCUAUUCUGGUAAAGAUAGUAUCUCGGUAUGACAUCAUUGUGAUUAUGGAGGUGGUGGACAUUAGCGGUGAAUCGGUCAAAAUCUUCCUCGAUGCCCUAAACAAAGCCAGUGCAGAGCAGCACCACUACAGUCUGAAGAUCAGCUCUCGUCUGGGCAGGACGUGCUACAAGGAGCAGUACAUGUUCCUCUACAGGGAUGACCUGGUAGAUUUGGUUGGCACAUACCAAUUCGAUGACCAGGCCACUGAGAAAGAAGAUAUUUUUGCCAGAGAUCCCUACAUCCUCCGAUUCAAAUGUCCUUGUACUGUCUUGAAGGACCUGGUGCUGAUUCCGGUCCACACUAAGCCAGAUGACUCAGACAGGGAGUUGGAUGAGCUGUAUGACGUCUUCCAGGAUGUCAAGAGGAAGUGGAGGACUGAUAACAUAAUGAUCCUGGGGGACUUCAAUGCGGAUGGCUCCUACCUCUCUAAGAAAGACAUGCGGGACCUCCGUAUCCGUAAAGACAAGAACUUCCACUGGCUGAUUGGAGAUGACGUGGACACCACUGCCAGCACUAGAAAUGACCACACGUAUGAUAGAAUAGUGGUCUAUGGAGACGACAUGGUGGAAGCUAUUGUGCCAAACUCAGCUAAGCCCUUCAACUUCCAGAUGGCAUAUGGACUCACUGAGGGACAGGCACUGAAAGUCAGUGACCAUUAUCCUGUGGAGGUGGAGAUGAAGCACACAAAUCAAACAGAUGGAUACGAUGUGUUUGCACAGCAGCAGCGGUAUAAGCCCGUCUCCGGCCUUCCAGGUCAGGAUGCAGACUUGGUGGAGCUUAAAAGAGGAAACCUACUGCUGGAAAGAGAGAAGCUCAGUCUGGAGAUCCAGAUUCUCCGCGCUAAACUGGCCAAGCAGUCGCACAUCCCCACUGAUCAAUUUUAA